GAGGUGCAAGAAAUGCUGUGCGACUUUGAGCUCCAGCACUGCUUUGUGGACAGGCACAGCGGAAUGGCUUCCAUCACGCUGUCAGACGCCGCCGCAGCUGAGCGCGCCCUGCAACGCCUGCAGCGCUGCACCCUGCGCCGUCACCGCCUGCACGCAGAAGUGCAGCCGUGCAGCGCCCUGCUCUGCGUGGCCCACCUGCCCCGGCGUUGCAGCCAGCAGCCGUGGGAAGCGUUGGUGCGGCCGUACGGCGCCGUGGGGCGGUGCUGGUUGGUGCACAGCCGGGCGUCGGGGCGCUGCAAGGGUUAUGGCUUCGUGGAGUAUUUGCACGAGGAGGCGGCUGCCGCGGCGCAGGCCGAGCUGCAGGGCCGGGCGCUGGGUACACAGGUGCUGUUCGUGCGUCGGUGCGACGGGGGAGGGGAGCUGAUGGAGGAGGAGGACUUGCACUCCAGGUGUUUGUGCGUGGAGGGGCUGCCCAGGGGCUACGCGGAUGGAGAGGGGCUCCGGAGGGUCUUCUCGGGGGUAUGCGGCCCCAAAUUCUGUCAGUUGGCCUGCGGGCCGGACGGGCAGCCGCUGGGAUUCGCCGUGCUGGAAUUCGACUCGGCAGACGCCGCUGAACGCGUGCAGGCCGCCAUGGACGGCGCUCUGGUGGGCAGCAGCCGUGUCUGCGUGUCCUUCUGCGCCCCCGGGCUGCCGGGCCACAAAAUGCUGCCCGCCCUCGUCGCCGUGCGCACUGCGGCUCAGAGCCGCGGCCGAGGGCUCCUCCCUGACCCCACACUGCUGCAGAUCCUCAGUGCCCUCCGCAGCCCCACUGCUGCCCCACUGCUGCACGGAGCCCUCGGGGGCAAACGGGGUCUCCUCGGCGCUGCCCCAUUGCUGCCCUUCUGCCCCACAGUGCUGCAGUCGGUGCUGCAGAACCCAAUGCGGAAGCCAGGGCUGCUGGGGGAGGCACCAUUGAGGGUGCUGCCCCACGGCGUCGUGGGAAUGCCAACAGUGAACGCUGCGCCGCUGCUGGGGGACACCGCCACUGGCGGUGACGUCCCCCCGUGCCCCCCGUUGGGCGGUGUUCCCGUGGCGGCGGAUCGUGACGGCCCCUCGUUGACCGCAUCCCUCCUCGGCCCCACCAACAGGCGGAGCGCCGGCGCUGCUCCAAGCCCCGCGACCCCCAUCGUUGCCCCCACACUGCCAGCAUCACACAGUGCCCCACCCAAG